UCAUCAUCUCCUAACUCCAUAUUUCCAGUAGCUUACCAGUUUCAUUUCUGGUAACUUUAUCUUCCUCUCUCUCAUUUCUUCACUCUCCACCAAACUCUUCAAAGCCCUCCAGAGAAUUCUUCCUUUCCUGUAAAGGUUCCAAUUUCAGAAUAUGGCUUCAAUUGAAAGAAUGAUCUGGUUCUUUAGUAUUGUCAGAAGCUAUUGAUUUGGGGGCAACCCAGUUUGGUAAUCACAAGUUUCCAAGUUUGACUCCCUAAUACACAACAUGUUGAACUCGAGCAAUGAUGAGAAUGUCAAAGAACAUGAACCCGUUGAUGAUUCACAGCGAUCUCAGGUGGAUGGAAAUUCAUCCGUGAAUGAUCCAAAGAUUUCUGAAUUACAAGAAAAUCCUAAGAAGCCGAAGGAGGAGGAAGUAAUAAAGAAAAAGUAUGGAGGAUUACUAGCAAAAAAGCCGCCCUUGAUAUCCAAGGACCACGAACGUGCUUUUUUCGAUUCUGCUGAUUGGGCAUUAGGAAAGCAGGGAGCCCAGAAGAGCAAAGGACCUGCAGAGGCACUUCGUCCGAAAUUGGAACCCACACCGCACCAGCAAGUCCGUACAAGGCUUUCAGCAUCCGUCCCUGCUGAUGAUGAUGAAGCGGAUGGUGGAAAUAGCAAACCCGAUGAUGAGUCUGAGGAGAAAAGCGGGACACCAGAUGCUAGCAACGAGAGCACAAGUCACACCGAGGUCCAGAACGAGCAGAGCUAAUGAUCUGGUGAACACCAGCACUUAGAAUAAUCUCUGAAGCAAAUUUUUGUGCUUCUGUAAACCACCAUGCUAUGUAGUGUGAGGAACUGUGCCUUGUGGCUUCAGUCAUAUUUAGUUCCCUCUACAUUGAGUCCUCAUGGAUGUAUUAUUAUUAUUUAAUGAAUCUGAUAAUAAAACCUGUCUUUUUCUUUUGA